AUGGAUCCUACUGGAGUAAAAGUGCUGGAAACAGCAGAGGACAUUCAAGAUAGGCGUCAGCAGGUUCUGGACCGCUAUCACAGGUUCAAGGAGCUAUCCACCUUGAGGCGCCAAAAGCUAGAAGAUUCCUACAGGUUCCAGUUUUACCAGCGUGAUGCAGAUGAGCUGGAAAAAUGGAUCCAGGAGAAGCUCCAGAUUGCGUCGGAUGAAAAUUACAAAGACCCAACCAACCUGCAGGGGAAACUGCAGAAACACCAGGCCUUUGAAGCUGAAGUGCAAGCCAACGCUGGUGCCAUCGUUAAAUUGGAUGAGACUGGUAACCAGAUGAUUAACGAAGGGCAUUUUUCUUCUGAAACUAUACGAACUCGACUGCAAGAACUUCACCGUCUCUGGGAGUUGCUGUUGGAGAAAAUGAGGGAGAAGGGAGUCAAACUCCUCCAAGCUCAGAAGCUUGUGCAGUAUUUACGAGAAUGUGAAGACGUGAUGGAUUGGAUCAACGACAAGGAGGCGAUAGUAACAUCAGAAGAGCUCGGCCUGGACCUGGAGCAUGUUGAGGUUUUGCAGAAGAAAUUUGAGGAGUUCCAGACAGACUUGGCAGCCCACGAAGAGAGAGUGAAUGAAGUGAACCAAUUUGCUGGCAAGCUCAUCCAGGAACAGCACCCUGAAGAGGAAUUAAUCAAGUCUAAGCAAGAUGAAGUCAAUGCAAGCUGGCAGCGUCUUAAAGGGCUGGCUCUUCAGAGGCAGGGAAAACUCUUUGGAGCAGCAGAAGUGCAGCGUUUUAACAGGGAUGUGGACGAAACUAUCAGCUGGAUUAAAGAGAAAGAGCAGCUGAUGGCGUCUGAUGAUUUCGGCAGAGACCUGGCAAGUGUGCAGGCUUUGCUGCGCAAACACGAGGGUUUGGAGAGGGAUCUUGCCGCUCUGGAAGACAAGGUGAAGGCUUUGUGUGCAGAGGCAGAAAGAUUGCAGCAGUCCCACCCUCAAAACGCCUCUCAGAUCCACGUGAAACGGGAAGAACUGAUUGCAAACUGGGAACAGAUUCGCACUCGGGCAGCAGAGAGGCAUGCUCGCCUGAAUGAUUCCUAUAGGUUACAACGAUUCCUUGCAGACUUUCGAGACCUCACUAGCUGGGUAACUGAAAUGAAGGCUCUGAUUAAUGCCGAUGAACUUGCCAAUGACGUGGCUGGAGCUGAAGCCCUGCUAGACAGACAUCAGGAGCACAAGGGAGAAAUCGAUGCCCACGAAGAUAGUUUUAAAUCUGCUGAUGAAUCUGGACUGGCUCUGCUUGGUGCUGGUCAUUAUGCCUCUGAUGAAGUUAAAGAGAAGCUGACCAUCCUGUCGGAUGAAAGAACUGCUCUUCUGGAACUGUGGGAGCUUCGCAGGCAGCAGUAUGAGCAGUGCAUGGACCUGCAGCUUUUCUACAGGGACACCGAGCAAGUGGACAAUUGGAUGAGCAAACAAGAAGCCUUCUUGCUAAAUGAAGAUCUGGGUGACUCUUUGGACAGUGUGGAAGCCCUACUAAAGAAGCAUGAGGACUUUGAAAAGUCCCUCAGUGCCCAAGAAGAGAAAAUCACAGCCCUGGAUGAAUUUGCUACUAAACUGAUACAGAACAACCAUUACGCAAAGGAAGAUGUUGCUACACGAAGAGAUGCUCUACUAAGCCGGCGCAAUGCUUUGCACGAACGGGCCAUGUACCGCCGUACACAGCUGGCAGAUUCAUUCCACCUGCAGCAGUUCUUCAGGGACUCCGAUGAGCUGAAAAGCUGGGUCAAUGAGAAGAUGAAAACCGCAACCGACGAGGCUUACAAGGACCCGUCUAAUCUGCAGGGCAAAGUCCAGAAACAUCAAGCUUUUGAGGCUGAGCUCUCCGCCAAUCAGAGCCGCAUCGAUGCCCUGGAGAAGGCUGGGCAGCAGUUGAUUGACGUCAAACAUUAUGCAUCUGACGAAGUAGCAGCUCGCAUGAAUGAAGUCAUCAGUUUGUGGAAGAAGCUGCUGGAAGCAACUGAACUGAAAGGGAUCAAGUUGCGCGAAGCCAACCAGCAGCAGCAGUUCAACCGCAACGUGGAAGACAUCGAGCUGUGGCUGUACGAGGUAGAAGGGCACCUGGCCUCUGAUGAUUACGGCAAAGACCUAACUAACGUUCAGAACCUUCAGAAGAAACACGCCUUGCUGGAGGCCGAUGUUGCUGCUCACCAGGACCGCAUUGAUGGCAUCACUAUCCAAGCUCGGCAGUUCCAAGAAGCUGGACACUUUGAUGCCGACAAUAUCAAAAAGAAGCAGGAGGCUCUGGUUGCCCGCUACGAAGCCCUGAAGGAUCCCAUGGUGGCACGCAAGCAGAAGCUUGCCGAUUCCCUUCGCCUGCAGCAGCUUUUCCGUGACGUUGAAGAUGAAGAAACUUGGAUCAGAGAGAAGGAACCUAUUGCAGCUUCAACCAAUAGAGGCAAAGACCUCAUCGGGGUCCAGAACCUGCUGAAGAAGCACCAGGCAUUACAAGCUGAGAUUGCCGGCCAUGAACCACGCAUUAAAGCAGUCACCCAGAAAGGGAAUAUCAUGGUGGAAGAAGGACACUUUGCCGCUGAGGAUGUGAAAGCCAAGUUGAAUGACCUGAACCAGAAAUGGGAGUCCUUGAAAGGCAAGGCGUCCCAGCGCAGGCAAGAUCUGGAAGACUCUUUGCAAGCCCAGCAGUAUUUCGCCGAUGCCAAUGAGACCGAGUCCUGGAUGAGGGAGAAGGAGCCCAUCGUGGGCAGCACUGAUUAUGGAAAGGAUGAGGACUCUGCAGAGGCUCUUCUCAAGAAGCAUGAAGCUUUGAUGUCAGAUCUCUCUGCCUAUGGCAGCAGCAUUCAAGCACUGAGAGAGCAAGCCCAAGCAUGCCGGCAACAAGUAGCUCCCACAGAUGAUGAGACGGGCAAAGAACUGGUCCUGGCUCUUUAUGAUUACCAAGAGAAAAGUCCCCGGGAGGUAACAAUGAAGAAGGGAGACAUUCUGACCCUGCUGAACAGCACCAACAAAGAUUGGUGGAAAGUGGAAGUGAACGACCGGCAGGGUUUUGUACCAGCUGCCUACGUGAAGAAAUUAGACCCGGCCCAAUCUGCAUCCCGGGAGAACCUCCUGGAUGAGCAGGGCAGCAUAGCCUUGCGGCAGGAGCAAAUUGACAAUCAGACUCUCCUAACUAAGGAAGUUGGCAGUGUCUCUCUGCGUAUGAAACAGGUCGAAGAACUGUAUCACUCUCUCCUUGAAUUGGGAGAGAAACGGAAGGGCAUGCUGGAGAAAAGCUGCAAGAAGUUCAUGCUUUUCCGUGAGACAAACGAGCUCCAGCAGUGGAUCAACGAGAAGGAGGCUGCACUGACCAACGAAGAGGUUGGAGCAGAUCUGGAGCAGGUCGAGGUGCUGCAGAAGAAGUUUGACGACUUCCAGAAGGACCUGAAAGCCAACGAGUCACGCCUGAAGGACAUCAACAAGGUGGCAGAUGACCUGGAAUCAGAAGGGCUGAUAGCAGAAGAAGUGCAGGCGGUACAGCAGCAGGAGGUCUAUGGAAUGAUGCCACGGGAUGAAACUGACUCUAAGACAGCAUCUCCUUGGAAGUCUGCAAAAUUGAUGGUGCACACAGUGGCAACAUUCAACUCCAUUAAGGAACUGAAUGAGCGCUGGCGAUCUCUCCAGCAGUUGGCAGAAGAGCGAAGCCAGCUUUUAGGCAGUGCCCACGAGGUCCAGAGGUUUCACAGAGAUGCUGAUGAAACAAAGGAAUGGAUUGAAGAAAAGAAUCAGGCCUUAAAUACUGACAACUAUGGCCAUGAUCUGGCAAGCGUGCAGGCCCUUCAGCGCAAGCACGAGGGCUUUGAGAGAGACCUUGCAGCUCUUGGAGACAAGGUGAACUCUCUGGGAGAGACUGCGGAACGUCUGAUUCAGUCUCACCCCGAGUCCGCUGAAGAUCUCCAGGAAAAAUGCACGGAGCUCAACCAGGCCUGGAGCAGCCUGGGGAAACGUGCCAAUCAGCGCAAAGAGAAACUCGGGGACUCCCAUGACCUGCAACGUUUCCUCAGCGACUUCAGGGACCUCAUGUCUUGGAUCAAUGGAAUCCGUGGGCUGGUCUCUUCAGAUGAACUGGCAAAGGAUGUGACCGGAGCAGAGGCUUUGCUGGAGAGACACCAGGAACAUCGCACCGAAAUAGAUGCCCGGGCUGGUACUUUCCAGGCGUUUGAACAGUUUGGGCAACAGCUUUUGGCGCAUGGCCACUACGCCAGCCCAGAGAUCAAAGAAAAGCUGGACAUUCUGGAUGAAGAACGGGCUGACUUGGAGAAAGCCUGGGUCCAGCGCCGAAUGAUGUUGGACCAGUGCCUGGAGCUACAGCUGUUCCACAGGGACUGUGAACAGGCAGAGAACUGGAUGGCAGCCCGGGAGGCUUUCUUAAACACUGAAGACAAAGGGGAUUCCUUGGACAGCGUGGAAGCUCUCAUCAAGAAACACGAGGACUUCGACAAGGCAAUCAAUGUUCAGGAGGAGAAGAUUGCUGCCCUACAGUCUUUUGCUGACCAGCUGAUUGCAGGAGACCACUACGCGAAAGGAGUCAUCGCCAACAGGCGGAAUGAGGUUCUGGACAGGUGGCGUCGACUGAAAGCUCAAAUGAUUGAGAAGAGAUCUAAGCUGGGAGAAUCUCAGACCCUGCAGCAGUUCAGCCGUGACGUGGAUGAAAUAGAGGCUUGGAUCAGUGAGAAACUCCAGACUGCCAGUGACGAAUCUUAUAAAGAUCCAACAAAUAUCCAGCUUUCCAAACUACUGAGCAAACAUCAGAAGCACCAGGCCUUUGAGGCUGAGCUCCAUGCCAAUGCUGACCGGAUCCGUGGCGUCAUCGACGUGGGAAAUACCCUCAUUGACCGCGGAGCUUGUGCCGGCAGCGAAGAUGCCGUCAAGGUUCGCUUGGCCGCUCUGGCUGACCAGUGGCAGUUCCUGGUGCAGAAAUCGGCGGAGAAGAGUCAGAAAUUGAAGGAAGCCAACAAGCAGCAGAAUUUCAACACUGGGAUCAAGGACUUUGACUUCUGGCUGUCGGAGGUCGAAGCACUCCUUGCGUCUGAAGAUUAUGGGAAGGACCUGGCGUCUGUGAACAAUCUCCUGAAAAAGCACCAGUUGCUGGAGGCAGAUAUCUCUGCCCAUGAGGACCGGUUGAAAGACCUGAACGGCCAGGCCGACAGCCUGAUGACCAGCAGUGCUUUUGACACCUCUCAAGUAAAGGACAAGCGUGACACUAUUAAUGGGCGCUUCCAGCGGAUCAAAACCAUGGCUGCCGCCCGCCGGGCCAAGCUGAAUGAGUCCCAUCGCUUGCAUCAGUUCUUCCGGGACAUGGAUGAUGAAGAGUCCUGGAUCAAGGAGAAGAAGCUGUUAGUUAGCUCGGAGGAUUACGGCAGAGACCUAACCGGAGUGCAAAACCUGAGGAAGAAACACAAGCGUCUGGAAGCAGAAUUGGCAGCCCACGAACCCGCCAUCCAGGGCGUGCUGGACACAGGAAAGAAGCUGUCUGAUGACAACACGAUUGGAAAGGAGGAGAUACAGCAGAGGCUGGCUCAGUUUGUGGAGCACUGGCAAGAGCUCAAGCAACUGGCUGCCGCUCGUGGUCAGAGGCUAGAGGAGUCCUUAGAGUACCAGCAGUUUGUGGCUAAUGUGGAAGAGGAGGAAGCCUGGAUCAAUGAGAAAAUGACCCUGGUGGCCAGCGAAGAUUACGGGGACACUCUCGCCGCUAUCCAGGGCUUGCUGAAGAAGCAUGAAGCGUUUGAGACCGAUUUCACCGUACACAAAGACAGAGUGAACGACGUCUGUGCUAAUGGUGAAGAUCUCAUUAAGAAGAACAAUCACCACGAAGAGAACAUUACAGCAAAGAUGAAGAGCCUGAGGGGCAAAGUGUCUGACCUGGAGAAAGCUGCAGCCCAGAGGAAGGCCAAGUUAGAUGAGAACUCUGCCUUCCUCCAGUUCAACUGGAAAGCUGAUGUGGUGGAAUCGUGGAUAGGUGAAAAGGAAAACAGCCUCAAGACAGACGACUACGGCCGAGAUCUCUCUUCUGUGCAAACACUCCUCACCAAACAGGAAACCUUUGAUGCUGGACUCCAGGCCUUCCAGCAGGAAGGGAUUGCCAACAUCACAGCCCUGAAGGACCAGCUCCUCGCAGCCAAACACAUCCAGUCCAAAGCCAUUGAGGCCCGGCACGCCUCUCUCAUGAAGCGCUGGAACCAGCUGCUGGCAAAUUCUGCUGCCAGGAAGAAGAAACUCCUGGAAGCCCAAGAGCAUUUCAGAAAGGUUGAAGACCUGUUCCUGACUUUUGCCAAGAAGGCUUCGGCCUUCAACAGCUGGUUUGAGAACGCCGAAGAGGACCUAACAGAUCCUGUGCGCUGCAACUCACUGGAGGAGAUCAAGGCUCUGAGGGAGGCCCACGAUGCUUUCCGCUCCUCGCUUAGUUCUGCCCAGGCCGACUUCAACCAGCUAGCUGAGCUGGACCGCCAGAUCAAGAGCUUCCGGGUGGCCUCCAACCCUUAUACCUGGUUCACUAUGGAGGCGCUGGAGGAAACCUGGAGGAACCUGCAGAAAAUCAUCAAGGAACGUGAGCUGGAACUGCAGAAGGAGCAGCGCAGGCAGGAGGAGAAUGACAAGCUGCGUCAGGAGUUUGCUCAGCAUGCCAAUGCUUUCCAUCAGUGGAUUCAAGAGACCAGGACCUACCUGCUUGAUGGCAUAGCAUAUCGUCGUGUCAUUCGUGUCUAUCAGUAUGAAGUUGGGGAUGAUCUGUCUGGAAGGUCUUGUAUGGUGGAGGAAUCGGGAACCCUGGAGUCACAGCUGGAAGCAACUAAACGCAAACACCAGGAGAUCCGAGCAAUGAGGAGCCAGCUCAAGAAGAUUGAGGACCUUGGAGCAGCUAUGGAGGAAGCUCUUAUCCUGGACAAUAAGUACACCGAGCACAGCACAGUGGGGCUGGCACAGCAGUGGGACCAGCUGGACCAACUGGGCAUGAGAAUGCAACACAAUCUAGAACAGCAAAUACAGGCCAGAAACACCACUGGAGUCACUGAAGAAGCCCUGAAGGAGUUCAGCAUGAUGUUUAAACACUUUGACAAGGAUAAAUCUGGUCGGCUGAAUCACCAGGAGUUUAAAUCCUGCCUGCGCUCUCUAGGCUACGACUUGCCUAUGGUGGAGGAAGGAGAGCCAGAUCCAGAGUUUGAGGCCAUCCUCGACACAGUUGAUCCCAACAGGGAUGGCCACGUCUCUCUGCAGGAAUACAUGGCGUUCAUGAUCAGCAGGGAGACCGAGAAUGUGAAAUCCAGUGAGGAAAUCGAGAGUGCUUUCCGUGCCCUCAGCUCGGAGGGCAAGCCCUACGUAACCAAGGAGGAGCUCUACCAAAACCUGACCCGGGAACAGGCAGACUACUGCAUCUCUCACAUGAAGCCCUACAUGGACAGCAAAGGCAGAGAGCUUCCCUCUGCCUAUGACUACAUUGAAUUUACUCGCUCACUCUUCGUGAAUUGAUAUCCAGCACUAGCACUA